CAGGAGUGUACUUGCUCACAGUGAACAGAUAUAUAGUGAAUAAAGGAUGGCUGCCGUCGCUCACAAUGUGAUAAAGUUGCUGCUUUUUUUGAUUAUCAGAACAGGUGUAAAAGAAGCAGACGGUCUGUCAUUUCCUAGAUAUAAUGUGGCAUAUCCAUGUGAUGAUUUGGUCUGCUAUUAUAUAUGGCACUUCAGCACAACUGAAACAAGUUAUUACACUGCGAUAGUCAGUAAUGUAGAGAUCCAGACAGUUAGGUCAGAGGAUGAGGACUCAAAAUGUACUCUGCAAAUUGAUCUCACAACAGAGGCUGCCGGACAUUAUCACUGCCAAUCAAGUCCAGAUGUCUCUCCUUACAACACCAGCCCUGAAUUAAAACUCAUACCUGGAAAAUCGGUGUCACUGCAGUGUAUUCUCCUCAGCUCCCUAGAGCUGAAAGAUUGCGAUACACUGCUGAGGUCCCCACAUGAGGUCAACUUCAUGUGGGUGGAUGAAGCUCGCGCCAAGAUACAAGAAGACUCACAACAUCAGAUAACACUGGGGUCUCCUUGUGAUAUAACUCUGACUGUCACCUUUCAAAGUCCUGUAAACAAGAAGUUUCACUGCCAGGUGACUGUGGAUAAACAAGUCCACACUUCAGUGGAGUUUCGAGUCAGAGUCUUAGGUAUGAAAGGGAGAGGAAGAGGAAUAACCAUAGAUUCAGACUCUGAAAAUAAAGACGGCAACCAGAAUGUGGUCGGCGCCGCUGUGGGGGUGGUGGCAUGUGUUGUUUCAACAGCAUUAGUUGCAGCAUUUGUUGUGAACAAAAGAAGAACAAGAAACCAGCUGCCUGAUGACUCUCAGUUCACAGCCAGUACCAACAAUGUUAUGAAUGCAGACGAUGUGAUCUACGCUGACAUUCUUGUACCCGUCGACUCUGGUGAGGUGUGGGUCCAAGAGUGCGAGUCCACUGAAUACGCCUGUGUCCGAUACAAAUAGUCUGCAACUGCAGUGUAUCUUUUCUCUGUUUGUGAACUUCAACUUUGCUACUACCACACCACAUACCUAUACUGUAACUGCACCAUCGGCAAUCAAAGUUAGUGGGAACCUAACUUGACUUUUCCAUUUUGCAUUUUAACUUUAGAGAAGUAUUACAGUUUUAACACUCUACCUCAAUGCAUUACUUUACAUUUGACUUCCCAAAUCUCCAUUCACUGUCAGUUAUGGUGUUUAUUAGUUUUCUUUGCGAAACUAUGUUCUGGUCAAUAAUAAAUCAA